UACCGACACACCUUGGGCCACGGAGCUUCAACAGCUGAGUAUGACCAUUAUCUGCGAUGGGUUACAGCUCUGAACUUCCCAGUGCUGAACCACGAUAAGAGGUUAUGGGUUUGAACUUUGCCAGCAUAGUCUUAUCCCAACAGGAACAGAACCCCUCCUGCAAAUACAGCUCCUUGUUCUACCUCAAUGCGGAUUUUUCUAGUAUAAGUAUCUUUCUAAUGCCAGUGAGGUAAGCCACGCCGCAGAGACAGCUUGUUCUAAGUACUUAAAAUAGUCCCCCUUCUAACAGGAGAGCUCUACAUCUACCUUGGCAUCGAAGAGGACGCAACACUUCUAGACAGCUGCUUUCGCGGAC